UUUACUGGUUCAAUUAUCGAUGAGUGCUCAGCUUACAGGCUGGCCAGCUCUCGAUGUUCCUCCACCAAACGUGACCGAAUAUACCGCACUUGUAAAUAUGAGUAAGGUUGCAAACGCACCCGUGAAGUCAAUGGCUGAUAUAACUGGAAAUAUAUGUCUUAGCUUUGAUGAUGGUCACAAAGUCGGUGUACAUACAUGGUCACAUUCAUAUCUCACUUCUCAGUCUAUUGAACAGGUUAUUGCAGAGUUACAGUGGACUGCCACAAUUAUAAAAAAUGUAACUGGUAUCACACCUCUAUAUAUGCGUCCACCAUUCAGUGAUUAUGAUGAUCGUAUACGGAAUAUAUGUACACAACUUUGGUUUAAAGUUGUAAUUUGGGAUAAAGAUACAAAUGAUUGGCUUUCAGCUGAUGAUAAAACUUUUCAAAUGACAUGGGUUGAAGGUAAUUUUACCCAAUGGGUAGGCGAGAAUAGAACUACUGGUCAUAUUUCCCUUGAACAUGAUUUAUAUUAUCAAACCGCUGCUCAAG